AUGGAGAGGAAGACCGUCCAAGUUGUCGACCACUUACCCGUUCCAAGAUUGCGGAUUGGAUACCUCUUAGUACGAGUUGUUUGUGUGGCUCUGAAUCCUUGCGAUGCAAAAGUUGUCUUCCAGGAAGAUUUGGCUGGAAUGAACUUUGGGACCGACUAUUCUGGCAUCGUCGCAGAGACUGGGUAUGGGUACUCCAAAGACUGGCAAAAAGGCGACAGAAUAUUUGGUGUCAUAAUGGGAGCGAAUCCCUUGCAACCAACUGAUGGAGCUUUUGCCGAAUACGCAGUUGUGAAGGCAGACGUGCAGUAUCGAAUGCCUCACUAUAUGACAUUUGAAACUGCGGCGUCACUUGGGGUUGGCUUGGGAACUGCGGCACUGGGAAUUUGCCACAAACUGAAUCUUAAGAUCAACCUUGAUGACGAAGAUGAUACCAAAGACCAAGGGAACAAGCAUGUAUUUAUAUAUGGGGGAAGCACCGCGACAGGCACCAUCAGUAUACAACUUCUUCGACAAGCUGGGUAUAUCCCGAUCACCACUUGUUCACCUAAGAAUUUCGAUCUUGUCAAGUCCUAUGGUGCAGAAGCAGCUUUUGACUAUCAAGACCCUCGAUGUGGCCAGAAAAUUUUGAGCUUCACCAGAAGCAAAUUCACCUGUGCCUUUGACACGAUUUCGGACCGUCAAUCCGCAAGACUCUGUGCAGACGUUCUCUCUAAUGAUCCCAGCUCCGCAUACUGCUCAACACUGCCUGUAUCGGAACCAUUCCAGAAGAAAGCGAUUGUGCCAAAGAGAUUGCUACUCUGGAGUGGCCUUGGGGAACCUAUUAAUUUCAUGGGGUACACCUUACCAGUCGUAUUCGAGGAUUUUGCGUACUUAAAGGAAUGGACAUUCCUAGCCGAAGCACUACUGGAGGAGAGGGAGUUGACCUCCCAUCCAGUACGGUUCAUGCAUAAUGGCUGGGAGGGCAUUUGGAAAGGAUUAGAAAGGAUUCAAAACAGUCAAGUCUCGGGGGAGAAACUUGUGUAUACUCUCAGCAAUCCAUAG